GGCAGUUGACUGCGGAUCGUUAGUUAGUAAAGUCGAAACUAUACCCCGAUAGGCUCCGCGCGGAAGGUUAUAUGUCGUGACCGGCCCCAGACGUGGUGGUGCUUUGCGAUUGUUAUCGGUAUCUCGCGUAGGUUUGCGGUGUUCAGCGAGACGCACUCGGUACAUGAUUUCCGUGGGAGAAAUCUGCAAUUGUUGGUGCAAGCCCCGUCAGCAAUCGAUGUGGAAGCGUAGAAAAUCAUAGUCAUAUCGUCAACGUCAUCACUAUUCAGCAGAGAUAAACAAAUCUAGCAUAUUCGGGGUGCCCGGCAAACUACGUACCUAAUCGGCAAGUAUGCCAGCAAUGUGUCCCCGAUUUGGGCUUAGUCCGUUGCACAUGGGAGUGGCGCUACUAUUUUUUCUUAUAGUUUUAUUAACCACCUCGGCAACACUCAGAAGUGUCGGAAGUCAUAAAUCAAACCAUCUACAGAGUCAACCUGACGUUGUUCUCCUAAACAAUGACCUUGAUUGGAAACUUGUCAAGGAAGUAUUCCAUCACCAGCCGACGAACAUUAUCUUCUCCCCAUUCUCCAUCAAAUUGUUACUUUCUCUGCUGUACGAAGCAUCAAAAGAGCAUAGUAAAACCAGACAGGAGCUGUCACUUGUCCUAGUUGGGUCGGAUUUGGAGAAAAAUCGCCUUCUCUAUCAGGAAUUUCUGGAAACAUCUUCGAAAGAAAAUAGCAAUUACCAAUUCAACGUUGGGACUCGGAUAUUUAUCGACCAGAAGGCAGCAAAUGUCACAGACGCAUAUUCCGAGCUGGUGCAGUCAUGCUACAAAACGACAAUAGAAUCGGUGGUGUUCAACAGCACUGCCGAGACCGCUGGCAAAAUCAACGAUUGGUGCUUCAAUAUCACCAAUGGCCACUUGAGAGAUUUGGUGGACGCAGAACUCAUCAAAGACUCGGUGAUGAUCAUAGUCAACGCAUUGUUCUUGAAAGCAUCCUGGAGAAAUUCCUUCAAGGAAGAGCACAACAAAAUGCGCACGUUUCACGUGACCGAGAACAGUACCGUCAAUGCGGAGUUCAUGGAGCAGACCGACAUCUACGAGUACCUGAACGAUCAGGAUAUGGAGCUGGAAAUGCUGCGAUUGCCUUACAAAGGCCGCCACUUUUCGAUGACCAUCGUUCUGCCGUACGCGAAUCGGUCGUUGGAUAAAAUGGUCGAGUCACUUACAGAUGAAAAUCUGCUAAAGCUCGAAUCAAAUCUACAGCGAGAGGAGAUAGUCGUCAUUAUUCCUAAAUUUAAAUUUGAUUACAGCACCACGCUGAACGACGCGCUGAUAAGGCUGGGGAUAACAGAAGUAUUCACCGAUGAGGCAGCGCUUCCGGAACUCUCCGGAGGGAAAACAUCAGCUCUGGCGGUGUCAAAAAUUCUUCAGAAAGCUGGCAUCGAAGUCAAUGAAAAGGGAACGCUUGCUUUCGCAGCGACAGAGAUUCAACUGGUAAACAAAUUUGGCAGUGACCCAGAAAUGCCCAUUCAGUUCGAAGCCAAUCGGCCGUUCGUGUUUUACAUCAAAGAUGAAGAUUCCGAUGCUGUGCUGUUUGUGGGGAAAGUGGAGAAUCCAAUAGCAACGGAGAGAGGACGACCCACCGGCAGCUCUACUGCUGGUGAAUGCAUGCUGUCGCUGUUCUGUCCCAACGAGAGCAGGAAAUCCGCACAACCGCGUCCGGUGGCGCGCUUCUCAGAUCGCACCGAACCAGUACCAACGCUGGAUGAUCAAUUUGAUUGGCAGCUAAUAAAGCAUAUUCUUCGUCAAGAAAAUCGAAAUGUGGCUUUGUCGACUUUUUCUGUCAAAUUUCUCCUCAAUAUGCUGUACGAGGGCACCAGCAUUUACUCAUCUACUCAACAAGAGCUGAAUGCACCUCUGGGACGCAACCCCGACAUCCACGUGACGCCAAGCUGUGUAACGGUGAUGCAAACUCUAGAGAAAUAUGCAGAACAAUUUUUGAUUAGCAGUCGAGUAUUUGCCGAUAGCAUGGUAACAGUAUCACAAAAAUUUGCAACAAUCCUGGAUAUGCAAUACCACGCCCGCAUCGACAGUGUUAACUUCCAAGAAGCGGAUGCCGCUGCCGAAACUAUUAAUAGUUGGAUUUCAAACAGUACCCGAGGGAUGAUACCAAAAUUUGUUACUGCUCAAAAUAUCAGAGACUCCGUCCUCUUACUGGUGAAUGCGGUUUACUUCAAAGGGCUGUGGGUCGAUGUAUUUCUACCAAGUGCCACCAGCGAUCAACAAUUCACCACGGCAUCUGGUCAAACUGUUCAGGUCCCGUUCAUGAAGCAAAUUCAGGACCAUUACUUCGCGGAUUCCAAAGAACUCAAAGCGCAGCUCGUUCGUUUGCCCUAUUCCGACGGAAGAUUUUCAAUGAUUGUUGUGCUGCCCAACGAGCGGAGCAACCUUAACGAAUUGCUAAACGCUGUCACACCAGAAUCGAUCCAUGCUGCGAUCAACAGCAUGGAAGAAACGGAAGUGAGCCUGCAGCUUCCAAGAUUCCGCAUUGAGUAUGAUGCCUCACUCAAGACGGCACUGCAGCAGUUGGGAAUCGAUCGCAUCUUCCAGGACAAUGCCGAGUUGGGUCUGAUAUUCCGAGGGGGGCCGGUUCCAGCCAAGGUGUCCGAUGUGCUGCAGAAAACGGUUCUGGUUGUCGACGAGAAGGGCAGCACGGCAGGUUCUGCUUCAGGGUCAACGCUGGUGUUCACGAUUGCCAGCGAACCGGAGAAAAUCGUUGUCAAUCGUCCAUUCAUGUUCUUCAUUGAGGAGGAGUCAACCGGAACGGUUGUUUUUGCUGGAAAGGUGGAAAACCCAGCGCACGAAAUGAAAGUUUAUAGUGUGAUAAUUUUUUGCAUAAUUGCUACGUGCACAUGGGCAGAUGAUGCCGCUAUUGAUAUAUCAAAUGACAAUCAACCAUUUCGAGGAACGAGAAAUGUCGAGUUUGACUGGAAUCUUACUAAGCGAGUUUUCGGAUCUCAAAAAUCGAACGUUGUCAUAUCACCACUGUCGGUGAAAAUCCUGUUAGUGUUGUUGUACGAAGCGACCGGUGAUGCUGCCGAGCUGGCACAAACGCAAACCAAAGUGGAGUUGCGAACUGUAUUAGAACCCAAGGGUGAUCUGAAUGCGACCCGUACCUUAUAUCGGCAAUGGUUGGACUCCGCGCUGACAUCGCACAAGGAAUUCGACCUCCAGAUUGCCACCAAAUUCUUCGUCGAGGAGUACAUUGAUGUCAUCAACAAAUAUCAGGUCAUUUCGGAUCAUUACUACAGCGCAACGGUUGACAAGAUUCCAUUCUCGCAACCGAAAGUUGCCGCAGACUUGAUCAACAGUUGGGUGAACAAUACGACACAUGGCCGCAUUCAGGAACUGGUUACAGCUGAUGGAGUGGACGGCGCUGUUAUUACAUUGAUCAACGCCAUAUAUUUCAAGGGGCUGUGGACUAACCCUUUCCCAGAAAAUGGCCCCACGUUGACCUUCUACGGAAGACAGAAACAAGUGCAGACCCAAUUCAUGGAACAAAAUGGACAAUUUUACUACGAUGAUUCUGCAACUUUGGAUGCUCAACUGCUACGAUUGUCGUACCGUGGUGGCAAAUUUGCUAUGUACAUUCUGCUUCCACACCAAGGAAAGUCUGUCGAUGAAGUAUUAGAGAAAAUCACACCUGCCACGCUGCACCAAGCGCUCUGGUACAUGGAUGAAACCGAGGUGAACGUUACCAUCCCGAAGUUCAAAUUUGAUUUCUCAGAGGAACUGAACCAACCAUUGAAGGACAUCGGAAUCCGGGAAAUCUUCUCCCCAAAUGCAUCCCUACCAUUGCUGGCCCGUGGUAAGGGAACCCGAAACGAAGUUCGAGUGUCACGAGUAUUCCAGAAAGCCGGUAUCAACAUCAACGAGCAAGGAAGUGAAGCAUAUGCUGCCACAGAAAUCCAACUGGUGAAUAAAUUCGGCGGAGAUGGAACGCAAGUUUUCACCGCGACCCGGCCAUUCUUGUUCUUCAUUGAGGACGAAGACUUUGGAACGCUGCUUUUCGCCGGUAGAGUUGAAGACCCCACAAAGUGAAACUGAAAUGUCGCCCACAAAAAGGUAAUUAGAGAAGAUUUCGAAAAAUAUCUGCAUGAAUGGCGUUUUAAAUUUUGAGCGGAAAUAAAUUGAAUGAAAAUUUUA